UCAGUUAUUUCUAUAGCAAAGAAACUUUAAAUACAGUGAAAUACUCCAACCCAAAUAGUUUUGUAAAGGAUGCAUUAGAAUGUUUCCAUCAAUAGUUAAAGUACUCAAAGGUCUGGGUCUGGCCAGGCAGAGUAGCUCAGUUAUUGAUCAUUUUAUUGAUUAGUUCCACAGUAGUAGGAUAAAAGUUUGGGUUAGAGGCAAGAUUCAGUUUGUCUCAUGGAGUGUGUGUGGAAGGACAAGGAUCCUGUUUUGAUUUGUUUCUUUUUUUAAAGCUGGUGAUGAACAGUGUUGACGCAUCGGCCUUGCGGGGAUGGCGGGUGGCGUUAGCAGGGGGACAGCAGCUGGUGAUGAACAGUGUGGGGGCAUCAGGUUUGGCAGCCCUAGCUGGUGGAGGGGGCACAGCUGACCCCCUCAAUGUGGAUGGUGUGGGGGGACCUGGAGAUUCUGUAACUACACAUCUGGCCGGCACAAGCGACGAUGACGACGAUGAUAUGGCGUCGUCACCUGGGAGCUUUGAUGAUGAUGAAGGCUCACUUCCCGGUGUGGACGAUGUGACCGCCCAGCUAGCGGCGGCAGGUGGGUGGUCAGGACCUGUCGGGGUGGCUGCUGCUGCUGCCAUUGCCUCAGCAAAAAAGCGGAAACGACAUCACAUAUUUGAAAUUAAUCCAUCUAUACGAAAAAGACAACAAACUCGGCUUUUAAGAAAAUUGAAGGCAACCAUAGAUGAAUAUUCUACCAGAGUCGGACAGCAAGCGGUGGUAGUUGUAGCAACGCCAAGUAAAUCAGGAAAUAAUUUCAAAUGUUUUGGAGCGAAACCUCUGGAAGAUGUGAUGAAAACGUUGCGGCAGAUGGUUAUGUCCGAACUGGAAAAUGCGUUAGCACAGCAAGCACCCCCACCCCCACAGGACGACCCGUCGUUGCAUGAAUUACCUCCCCUUGUCAUAGACGGCAUUCCGACUCCUGUAGAAAAGAUGACGCAAGCACAACUCAGAGCUUUUAUUCCUUUAAUGCUGAAGUAUUCUACAGGGAGAGGUAAACCAGGCUGGGGCAAGGAAUCUACUCGGCCGCCCUGGUGGCCAAAAGAUGUUCCGUGGGCGAAUGUUAGAAUGGAUGCGCGAUCAGAGGACCAAAAACAAAAGGUAUCUUGGACGACUGCUUUACGUCAGAUUGUAGUCAACUGUUAUAAAUACCAUGGGCGAGAUGAUCUCUUGCCGGCAUUUAAUGAAGAGGAAGAAAAGACUCAGGUUGGUGGUCCAGUGAACCCAGUGUAUUCAGGUCCAGUGGUACAGACCAUUAGCAAUCCAGAUGGUACAGUUUCAAUCAUCCAGGUGGAUCCUAGUAACCCUGUCAUCCAGCUGCCAGAUGGAACCACUGCGCAUGUACAAGGCGUUGCCCACAUCACAACACAGAAUGGAGAGUCGGUGGACGGAGAGAGUGGGAGUUCGGUGGCCAUCGACCUCAACCAUGUAUCUGAGGGCUCCUUAGGGCAAGAGGGAACCAUCAUAAUAACAGGAGAGGACGGCUCACAGAUACCUGUGAAUGUUUCGGGAGCAUAUCCUGUGUCAGGAAUGAUAACGGUACCCCUACCAGUAUACCAGACUGUUGUAGCGAACAUUCAAGGUGCAGAUGGUCAGCCGCUACAAGUGGUUACACCAAUCGUACAGGUGCCCAAACUUGAACCUGGAUUAGACAAUAAUGUUGAAGUUCCUGCAGCUCUCAAUGCGUCACUGGAUGCAUCGACUAUUAUAUCUUCUGGACAAGGUCAUGUACAGGAUGAUGACGACGAUGGAAGUGUAGACAUGGUCGAGACCAAAGAUUGAUGAGGCAUAAGAUCACCCGAUUGUGAUGGGAUGAAGUAACAUAGACCAAUGUUACUGGCUUCAGCUGUAAGCUUAGCUUCUUCCCAUACACACUUAUGUCUUUCUGCCCAUCUCAGCUUCUCACCAAAGACUAGGGAGUGGAUUCUAGUAUGUUUUCAGGAAUUGCAGAAUAUGAGGACUUGAUAUAUCCUCUGCUACAUUGGCCAGUAUCACCACAACAUUUAAAACGUCUGCUGACUGAUUGUUCCAAAUUUACCACAUCUACUAUUACAGAAUCUGCCCCUAGGCACAGGAUGAAACCAUACCAGACAGUGUCAGUCAGGUUAGAGGCCCACCGCUUGUGGUUUGUUUUUACAAGAAAAUCUAUUUUUGUAUGAAGAUAAAAAAAAAAAAAACAGUGGCAUUGGAUAGAGUAAAGCAAACUGUGAGAUGUGCAGGGGUCGGGUUUUAAACAAGUUCUGUUUCGGUAUGGGGUUUUAUUCUGUCGACUCCUAGAUAGUGUGUUGUCUCAAGGGAUGAGUUUGGACUCUUGCUUCCCUUUUUGGAUUACAGUUCAGAAAUUAGGAAACGAUGUAGCUUAUCCUCUUAUUAAGCUGUCAAAGAUAUGUUUACCCUUUUCUAUGAUUUCUGUUGUUAGUAAAGUUUAUGUUGACAGAGACUUUAAGGAGUGUGACAGCUUUACUAUUGAGACAUUCAGCCAACUAGGAUGAAAGAGGCAUAUUAUCAUUUUUUUUUAUUAUGAUUAUUUUUAUUAUUAUUGCUGAUAUUAAUAUUAAUUAUGUAAUCAUUAUUCUCAUUAAUCACCAUUAUUAUCAUCAAUUAUUUUCACCAUUUUCAUUAUUGUCAUUUGAAUUGUAGUAAUAUUUAUUAUUGUUAUAUUAUUAUUUAAUACUAAUGAUAAUUUUUAUUGAUAAUGAUAAUUAUUAAUUGUUCUUAGUAAUGAUUAAUAUUGCACGAAUACUUAUUAUUGCAGUGUGAAUUUGUAAUUUUAUUAUACUUAUGAUUUAUCAUCACUACCAGCUGGAUUGAUAUUGAUACUUUUAUUGAUUGUUAUUAUUUUUUGAUUAUGCAUAAUUUGUUUGUUCUGUUGUCUUUUAAGUUAAGGUAUUACACCCUGUGUAUCAGUGCAAUUAGGUCCUGAGUGUACCCUGUAAUUUUAAAGUAUUUAUUUCUCCAUUUCACCUCCCCUCUCCCUCCUCGCCCCUCCUCCCCAGUGAGGCUAAUGUAGUUUGCUUUGUAUUUGUCAAGUGUAAUAGGAGUUGCUCAAUGUUGUAUAGCUUAGCAGCAGUGUAUUAAAGUGGGAAUGACUUUCCUCAGUGUGUGCUACAGGGAAAAAUUACUGCCUGGUGAGAGUCACGAAUUUUGGACCACUUUAUGCAGAAGGUUUAAGAGCGGUUGAUGAAUGUGCUGGGAAAGUAUAUAGUUACUAUUAUUACUUUUUUCAUUAUUAAUCAUAUACUUUGUUCAUUUCUUUCUGAAUACAGCUUGUUAAAUAUUUUCCCCAACAGGCAGAUAUCUUGGUAGAAAUUACAAUUUUAGAGGAAAUGCUCAUUGAUUUUUAGAUUAUUAUUCAGUAUCAGGGGGGAGAAAAAACAAAGAAUUUUGGAUGAGAUGAGGCCUCUUUCUCUAAAUUUGGUACUGACAAUAAGAGUCACUUUUGUUUUGGUGACUUUAAACCCAAGAAGAACCCUAGGAUGUGACAUCAUUUGUAUUGAAGUUACGAAUGGAAAAGCAUUAAGAUUAAGCCCAAAUUUACCCUGCUGCCUCUACUUAAAGACUGAAACUUGUCAUAUGUAUGAUGCCCUCAUGAGUAAAAAUUGGAGGUAUCAGAGAACACAUGUUAAGAGCUAAUUGGUAGGUGUAAUAUUAGGGAUAAUUAAAGUUUCUGAUGAGAAUCAUUAUGGAAUUAUGGAACCAAAUAAUCAUUCAAGUUGAAAAGUAAUAGAAACGAUGUUAACAUAUUAGGCUGUCUCAAAGGCACAGUUUUCUAAAUUAUUUUCAGCCUUGCAGAUUUGAAUAAAGGGAAUAUUUGGAUUGCCGAGACAGUGGAAUCAAGUUUGCUGAAAAGUUUACAUUUUAGUAGAGCUACUCUUGAAGUAAAGAAUUUAAGCUUUGGUUUGGGACAGAAUGUUACUGUGAUGUCAUCAGAUCUUGAACAAGCAAUCAUGGCUGUGAUAUACUAGUUUAGCACAGUACCAAUUUUAGCCUCAAGGCCACCUUUGUCUUGCAGGAAAAUGACACGACUUUUGCAUAAGGGCAUUAUAAGUUUCAACUGUCAAGAACACUUUUUAUUAUUUUCUGAAAUAAUACACAGCAACUCAGAGAUGUUUUAAGUUAAAAGAUAUUUAUGCUCUUUGAAAUGUGUUUGAUAAAGAUAAGAAUUUUUUUCUUUCUUAAGGUAACCACAUUUCGUAUGGUUAUUCAGAGGUGAUCUACCAGUACAUUUGUAUUAUGAUUCCAUUUGCUUAGUUCCUGCUAAUUUGUAAGCUCACAGUAUUAUAUCUAUAGAGCAUUUUAUCUACCUUGUAUUUUUGUAAUGAUACUUUUUAUUUAUUUAUGAUUAGCAUUAUUUAAGUUCUAUAUAUUUUUAGUACCAUUUUUUUUUGUUAUUUAUAUAUUUUCAUGUAGAAGGUAAUGCACACAGUAAAAUAUUAUGAACAUUUACAGCAGAGGAACCAUGUUAAGUUGUAUACGAAUUGUGUAGAAUUUGUUGAAGGUGAAAGAUCUAGUGAGUAGCACUAGCAGUUGAUAGACAAGGCUUGGUUGGAAGGACUUUUUUGUAUUUGUAAUAGCUUCAGAAAUGUUGGAAAAUUAUGUAUGGAAAAUCGUACUUCAUACUCUUUGUGAUAUUUUGAGGAUAUGCAGAAAAGAGGUUGGAUGGAUGAUAAGAGGAUACAAAUUCUGUGACCAGAAAAUAUGGCCAUUGACUUUGGUUAUUUUGGGAAAUUGAACCUGCCUUAGCCGUGCAGGUUUUCUUUGAAGGUCUACAAGAGAUUAUCAGAGUGCUGUAAUUUUAGCUGUCCUUUUUAGAAUGUGAUUUUAUGUAACGUUUUAAGUUGUGAUUCUGAGCAUGAAGAUUGCUUUUGUGUUUAAAGAGCCUGAUUGUAUACAGGCUAUUGCAUGAUACCGUACUGAACAAAAGGCAAAAAAAAUUCCAAACUGGUUAGCCGUGUCCUUAAGGGGAUAGUGAACAAUCAACAUUCUGUCAAGUUGAAUGGAAGGGGAGGGGUGAAGGUGUGAAUACUAUGGACUUCCGAGCAUGUAUGUGAUGAUUUCAAACUAGUCGACUGUGGCACACCCAGGAUAAUAAUAAUCUCUAUAGACUGGUGAAGGCUGAGACUGAAUAAGCGCAUUUGAUGGACUUCACGAGGGUUGGUGUUGUUCCAUCAAGUAAAUUACUUCGGUCGUCUUUCAUAGGCCUACUGAUCUCUCUCCCUCUCUCAGCCAUGGAAUUCGGCAAACUGAUUUAUCUAGCAGCCACACAUCAUUUUCAUGGGUAAUCUUAUCAUGAGAUGAUAGAUAUCUUCCUUAUCAUUAUCGAGAAAGUUAAAACAGAAGAGAAUGAGUAAACUUUAUUUAGUUACUGGUCUGCUAGGAAUGGACAGUUCCUGCCGUGCUCUAUGACACAAACUGUAGAUAUAGUGACAAUGUUAUGGUACAAAGGAAAGACAGCUGGGGUAUUACCCUCUUGUCGUCUAAUCUGUGUUUAUCUCUAUUUAUUAUUUCUUAUUAAUUUUAUUUUCUGAAGUAUGUAUGUAUAAUCUAAUACUUACAAAAAUUCAAGGCCAGCAACACAUGAAAUUUAUGAUUAUGAUUUAAAGCAGUUGAAAAUUAUAUCUUUGGCAAUGCAUUAGUUCUUGUUCCGUAAUUUACCUUUUAAUGUGUAUUUUUUAUUUUGUCUUUGUUUACUUAUACAAACAAAUUAUAAAGAUAACAAGAAAAAUUAUAGAAUUAGCCUAGAAUGUAAACAUGAAUGUGUCAAGUAAAAAAAAGAUUUAAUUGAGAAGCAUACAUUUACUUUUGAAAAGAUUUGCAAAUUCAAUUUAUUGGUAACAGUAACAAGAAUAUUGAUUUUGAUCUUUUAACAUAAUACAACGCAAUCAUGUAUAUUCUUUUAUGAGUGUAAUAGACACAGGCAAGAGUUUCCCUUUUUUUUACAUCUCCAAAGUCCAACAGUUUUUUUGUAUUAGUUAAAGUACUUUACUAUUUUUACAAACAACAUGAACAAGUUUUGAUUUUGAAAUUUCUUUUUCACACCAAUUCCUUGCUCAGGAAUGCGCGCCUGGCCGACUUUUGAAACCUGAGUUUAAGUACUGUGAUUUUUUUGUCAUCAUUGCGAUUCUCUUGACGUUAAUAUUUUGUUGAGCAAAAUACGUGUAAAGAUACGGAUUUCUCCUUGAUCGUCCUGCCAUUUUUUAGUAGCUGAUUUCUCUUCUCACGAUUGUUUCGUUUUUCUCACUUCAUUUUCCUUGGUUUAUAUCCUUCCCCAAUUCCUCUGAUGUUAUAUGUACAAAGAAAUGGGGUGUCCCAUCUGUUUGGUUGAAUGUUGAAAAAGAAAAAAAAGAUGUAUUUGCUGUUCACUCUUGAUGUGAAACAGUUGCCAUUACAUAAUUCUGUUAUUAUUUUUUCUAAUUAUAUAAAAAUGGGUAUUGUAGUACAAUAUAAGGUUGAAAGUUGCAUUACUUGUCACAAUGGUGGAGUAGUACCUUAGGCUUGAUUUUUUAAUCUAAACUUCUUUCCAAACACAAUAUGCAGGGUUGAAAUCGAAAUACCCUUCCUUCCAAGUGAAUUUGCCGAAGAGGCAGUCCUUUUGAUACCUAUGCAGUAGCCUCCUAGCAUAACACCUCACACA